GGAGGAAACUUUCCGCUGGCUUGUCCAUCGGCCCGUGUCCCGCCCGCGCUGCCGCGGCCUGGGAGCCGAGCCGGGCGGGCGGGUGGCCGGGACCGGACGGGGCGGGAGCGGCCGGGCCCCGGGUGUCUGCGGCCGCCGGACGCGCCGGGGCCGGGCAGCGGGGAAGCGGAGGCGCUGACGGCUGACAGGGGAGCUGCGCCCCCAGAGAAGCAUGGAUGCCCCCCGAAGGGACAUGGAGUUGCUCAGCAACAGCCUGGCGGCCUACGCACACAUCCGCGCUAACCCCGAGAGCUUUGGCCUCUACUUCGUGCUGGGCGUCUGCUUUGGCCUGCUGCUCACCCUGUGCCUCCUAGUCAUCAGCAUCUCCUGCGCACCCCGCCCGCGGCCCCGAGGCCCCGUUCCGCGCCGGGACCCCCGCAGCAGCACCCUGGAGGCCGAGGAUGAUGACGACGACGACGACGACGAGGACACGGUGACUCGGCUGGGCCCCGACGACACGCUGCCGGGGCCGGAGCUGUCCGCGGAGCCCGACGGGCCCCUGAGCGUCAACGUCUUCACUUCGGCGGAGGAGCUGGAGCGGGCGCAGCGGCUAGAGGAGCGGGAACGCAUCCUGCGGGAGAUCUGGCGCACUGGACAGCCAGACCUGCUGGGCACCGGCACGCUGGGGCCCAGCCCCACGGGCACGGGCACCCUGGGCCGCAUGCACUAUUACUGACCGGCCCCGCUCCCGCUGCGAGGCUCUCAGCGUACUGGACAUGCACAGGGGCUUCGAGCUGCCCCAGGACCUUUGGACUGCCCCUGCCCUCGGUGCUAUGGAGGCCCCGCCCCCACGGCUCCCAUGGUGCUAUUGGGCCUGGAUUCCCGCCCCCUGGGAGACGCCCUUCCCCAGUCCAGCCAGAAGGCCUGGACGCAAGGUCCCCACCUCCUCUCUGGGGGAUGGUUAAGAGGUGACUUAAGAGGUGACGUGACCAAUGAAAGCUGCAUUCUCAGUGA